AUGGCUGCCACCGGAAAACCUAUUUCCACCGCCAUCUCAUCGUCUCCGGUGGCCACUUUCGAUUUCUCUGCAGAUUCGAAGCCUCCAAGGCUUGCCCUCACAGCCGAUCAGCUCCGCAAUUGCUCUGAAGCUCUCAAGUUCUUUAAAGCGAAAAGGUUCGAGUCUCCUCAAACCAUCCGCCAGGAGUUCCUAACCUUGCAGGCUAAUAGGACGAAAUCUUUGGACAUGAGGAAUAGAUGUACAGUAGCUCUCGACGGUGUAAAUUAUAGCAAGAACCGUUACACUGAUGUCAUACCAUAUGAUAAUAACAGGGUUAUUUUGAAGCAGUGUAAAGAUUACAGACCAUCAGCUAGGGGUUAUAUAAAUGCAAGCUUUGUCACGACUUCAGAAAAUGUUUCUCGGUUUAUUGCAACUCAAGGUCCACUGCCACACACUUUUGAGGACUUCUGGGAAAUGAUAAUACAGUAUCGCUGUCCCGUCAUUGUGAUGCUUACCAAGUUGGUCGACAAUUACAAGACAGUGAAGUGUGGGGAUUAUUUCCAAGCUGAGGAUGGACCAAGAGAGUUCGGCAACAUCUGCAUAGUCACGAAAUGGAUACAAACAACAGAUACUUCAUUAGUGUUGCGACGUUUGGAAGUGAAUUACAAAGAGUCCGAGGAACCAUCUUUGUCUGUUCUUCACAUUCAGUAUCCAGAAUGGCCUGACCAUGGAGUUCCGAAGGACACUGUUGCUGUUCAUGAAAUUUUGAGAAGGUUAUAUGGUCUGCCACCCAGCCUUGGACCAAUUGUUGUUCACUGCAGUGCAGGUAUAGGUAGAACUGGAACAUACUGUGCAAUCCACAAUACCAUCCAAAGAGUUCUUGUGGGAGAUAUGUCAGCUUUGGAUCUUGUUAAUACCAUAACCUCUUUUAGGUCGCAACGAAUUGGAAUGGUUCAGACAUUGGAGCAAUAUUUGUUCAUCUAUGAUGCCGUUGUUGAUGAACUUGAAGACCUCAUAUCGGACAGCACCUAUCAUAGUUCUCAAUGA